GCUGUUUGAACCUGAAAGGGUUAACUCGUGUAAUUGGAUCAAUAGGCAUAAUGCGGAGCCCCAGCGUCUAAUUUCAUCCGAAAAGACUCCUCUCGUUGCUGGAAUAAACGCUAUGAGUUACUGUUGACGAUGAGACUGUUUUCUAAAAACAACCUGUCGAAAGUGUGUCUACAUACUCCUGCCUCCUGGUGAAUGUUUAUGGGAGAUAUUAUUUCACCGCUCGGUUGCUAUGACAGAAAGGAAAGGUGUCUGAGCGGUGUCAACUUUUCUUCACAUGGGCGCUUUUCUCUCUCUGAACGCGGUCUGCCUGUACAUUUAUUGGAGAUAAACCGCUUCAUAUCGCACUGAGGGACUCUGGGACAGUUUGAAGACGAAGUGGGACAUCGAGUGCCAAACUGCUUUCGCCAGAAUAAGAGCAACACAACGAGGCCACUGAAGAGGCCGUGUUCUUGGGCAAAGUACCACUAAUUUCUAACAUUCUCCUUUGCUUGUGUUUAACAGACAGCCGCCAUCAUUCCGUGCUGCAAGGGUGACCCCAAAAUGUCUUCCAACGGUGAUCUGCAAGAUGUUGGGAGCUGGGACAGCUUCUGGGAGCCUGGGAACUACAAGAGGACGGUAAAACGCAUUGACGAUGGCUAUAAACUAUGCAAUGAGCUGGUCAGCUGCUUCCAGGAGCGGGCCAAGAUUGAGAAGGGCUAUUCCCAGCAGCUGAGUGACUGGGCCGGGAAAUGGAGGGGUGUUGUGGAGAAAGGCCCACAGUAUGGGACUCUGGAAAAGGCCUGGCAUGCUUUCAUGAAUGCGGCAGACAGACUGAGUGAGAUCCAUAUGGAACUAAAAGAGAAACUUGUUGUUGAGGACAGCGAAAAGGUCAGAAACUGGCAGAAGGAUGCCUUCCACAAGCAAAUGAUUGGUGGAUUCCGUGAGACCAAAGACGCAGACGAAGGCUUCCGCAAGGCCCAGAAACCCUGGGUCCGAAAACUGAAGGAUGUGGAGUCUACCAAAAAGAGUUAUCACCAAGCUCGGAAGGAAGAGCGCACGGCAUUGACCCGUGAAGCUCAUGCCAAGGCUGACCCCACCAAAUCCCCAGAAGAGGUCCGCAAGUUCACAGACCGCCUGGAGAAAUGUACCCAAGAGGCAGAGAAGGCUAAGGAGCGUUAUGAGAGAGCCCUGGACGAGCUGAAUCGCUCUAACCCGCGUUACAUGGAAGACAUGGAGCAAGUGUUUGAAAUCACACAGGAGGCCGAAAAAAAGAGACUUCGCUUUUUUAAAGAAGUGCUGCAGGACAUACACCAGCACAUGGACCUCUCCAGCAAUGAUGGAUUUCGAGGCCUGUACCGAGACCUCAGCCAGACCAUCAACGCAGCCAAUGACGCGGAGGACCUCAGGUGGUGGAGGAACACCCAUGGGCCCGGCAUGAGCAUGAAUUGGCCCCAGUUAGAGGAGUGGUCACCAGAAGCAAACCGCUCCAUCAGCCGAAGAGACAGAAACAGUCGUUCUGAUGACGUGGUCACUCUGACUAACAUUGUCUCAGCGGGAGACGAACCCCCGAAGACUCCACAGGAAACCACGAGGUGGCUCGAGGCGGAUGGCUAUUACGAGAACCUAAACAGCUAUGCACCGGGAGUGGCGGGUAAAGACUACUCCUCGGACUGGUCUGAUGAAGAGAGCCCUAAAAAAUACAUCGCAGGCAACGGGGUGGACGAGGAGGAGAAGGUAGUCGGGGUUCGUGUUAAAGCGCUGUAUGAUUACACAGGGCAGGAGGCUGAUGAGCUGAGCUUUAAAGCAGGUGAAGAGUUAAUAAAGAUGGGUGAGGAGGACGAGCAGGGCUGGUGUAAAGGACAGCUGGUCAGCGGAGAAAUAGGUCUCUACCCUGCGAACUACGUCCAAGCCACCACAUCUUGAUCAGCCGCUCCGCUCUGGACGAGACCCACACCUUCCCUGCGGCAGCCGUGUCGAAUACAGCCACACAUCUGCACGAUGGAUUGAACGCCACCAUCCACGAGGAGAUCAGAGAGCGAGAGCGCAGUUCAGUGCUUUAUUCUUUGCUUGAGCACUUUGAAAUUAGUUAGUCCCCUUUUGUCCUUGUGCUUUCUGAAAGAUCAGUGCCUUUUUUGUACAAUGCCACAGACGUUCGCAACACGGCUAUUAAUGUAGCUCACGGCUGAAUGGACAGAUUCACAGGAAAACGUGCGGGUGGUGUGAAAGAUAAUCAUUAGUAUUUCACAUUUCAGUUACGUAUGAGAAUCAUUUCAAGUAUUUGAUCAAAUCUCCGCUGACUUUAUAUGUUCAGGUCUUGCGAAUCUUUUAAUGAGAAGCGUGUUAGUGUGUGGAUAUUCUGUGUAAUGUGUUAAGAUUUCUUUGGCUGUAGUUCAGAAUUGAAGGAUGCUUCAUUGCAUAUUUACCUUUUAUGUUUUCACAAAGAUAUAUGGAUUUAUGAUAUACAAACUAUUACUGGGCAGGCUUGGAUUCUUGUCAAAGGAUUUGGGAGGGAAUUCUUAAAUCUUUUCGGUGGGAUUGUUUUACUUUUAGUUUUUAUUUGGAGCACAUGGAAAGUUUCUGUUGUCAGAUGAGAGAAAGUUUAAGGGAACGGGGAAAAAACCUCUGGUCUUGAUAAGUGCUGGUGGGAAAUAUUUCCUUUUCCAUAUGCUCUGCCCCACUGUGAACAUGGUUUUACAUGAAACUACUGUAACACCCAUACUAAUCAAUGAAAAAAAUAAAUAAAAGUGAAUGAGAUUCUUUUUGUUGUAUAGUGGCUGUGAUGCUGAUUAAACAGGAAGUGAAGUUUUA